AUGGCGAAGCUGCGGCUUAGAGAGGGAGGAGUUCUCCCACAUGACGACACUUUUAUCGUGGAAGCGUUCGACUCGACGAUCUCGUAUCUCGAAGCGAUCGGCAGCGGUGGAAUGUGGGGAUCUCGGCUCUUCAGUGAGACAGAAGGGUUCAUGGAGGAAACGGCCGAGGACAUCAGAAAAUCGGAGAGGUACCGGACUACGGGCGAGGGAGAUGCCUUGCGCAUCUUCAUCGCGGAUGUUGGCGUCGAGCCGUCGGCGAUACCUCUCCCGAACAGCACCACGAAGCCUCCCGGUCCCCGCUACUGGACCGCCGAUGAUGGGACACGCAUGCUCUCGGUCGGAGUAGCGUUUGUUCGCGAGAACUGGCUACCUGGGCAUGUCAAGUCUCAGUUCCACGUCGAUGCCAUCCGCACCGAGUUGCAGGGAAAUGAGGGGUUUGUGUAUCUCGAUGUCUUGGUCACGGAUUUUAGGACAGGCCAUCACCGCAAGGGAGCCGGGGAGGCGCUUGUGAGGAAAGCAAAGGACUACGGACUUGAAAAGAAGAUGAAGGUGCUCUACGUUGAUGCUUGGGCGGGGAAUGGGAGGAAGCUGGUCGAAUUCUACGAAAAGCUGGGGUUCAGCAUCGUUGCUGACUUUGAGAUGAAGCGUGCUAAUGGAACUAUAUGGCCAGGUACACUUCUGCGAAUAGGGCUCGAUGUUAUGGAGCGGAGUGCAGACAGUGAAGCUGGCGAGGAAUGA